AUUGAGACACAGUGAGAUGAGCACAUCCUACACUCCAUCAUGCACUGUUUGCUCAGUGAUUAGCUUUUUGGUUGAAGGAGAGAGAGAGAGAGAGAGAGAGAGAGAGAGGAACUCCAACCAACACAUGGUCAAAACAGAGAUUAGAAAGGCAGAGGAAAGACCAGAAGAGCCUUCUCAUCUCUUUCUUUGGAGACAGUUAAGGGAGAAGAAGGGGAGCAAUGAAAGGAACUCAUGAGGCCGGUCUUCCUUCUGCCACUAAACAAUGUGUUAUGGCAGAAUUCUCCAUCAGCCUUCUCCCUCCGCAGGAGACACCCAUCAUUGCCCUCAAUUCAUCAUCCCUUGAAGCUUAGGAAGUUGGGCUUCCAAGCCAUCCCACCAACGUUAAAUCACCACCUCCUACUUACCUUGCCUGCACCCCCACCCAACCACCCACCCACCCACCACCGUUGGUGCUUUCUCUCCACCAUGAAGCGUUCUUCCAACUCCGUCAACAGCUUCUUCUCCUUCCUCGCCCAUGGCAUCGACGACCUCGAUGAGUCCCUUACGUCGAACACCUUCAUGUCGCUCCAGUUCCUCCAGCGGGCGGUGGCGCUCCUCCGGUCCCUCCACUCCCGGCUGACCAACCUGGUGCAGAAGCUUCACCUCCCGGUCGGCGAGAGGUGGCUCGACGAGUACAUGGACGAGAGCUCGCGACUGUUGGAUGUCUGCCACGUGAUCAAGCUUGGGGUCUCGGGCAUCGAGAAUUACUGCUCCGCUGCAGCUGACAUGAUCUCCUCGCUCGACGAAUGGCGCCACAACCCCAGUCCCCACCUUGCCCGGCAGGUGAUGCGAGCAGUCUCGAUUUGCCGGAGAGAAGCCAUGGGACUGGAAGAGGAGAACAGAGUGCUGGUGGAGACGAGGAUCGAGCCCAUGUCCUUCCGGUUUGACGAUAGGCUGUCGAUGGAGUCCAGAUACAACGGGUUCAAUGGCUUCAGAGGCGUGCUUUACGCACUGAGGAACGCCAGCUCCUUGCUGCUGCUCAUCCUGCUAUGGGGAUCCGUCUCCUGCUGCCCGGAACUGGCAGUCACCGACGGCUCGCUCUUCUUCGGCUCAGAACUCAUGGUCUCCAUGGCGAGCCUGCAGCAGAGGGUGGUCGGAGAGGUGGAAGGACUGGACGGCCGGUCGGGAAUUCUGAUGCUCGAGUUCCGGCAAGCCAGGGCGGCGACCGAAGAGCUAAGAGACGAGCUGGAGACAGCUGCAGCCAUGAGAUGUGGACCGGAGAUCGCCGGGGGAGGCCUAAAGGAGAAGGUGGAGGAACUCAAGGGGUGGUUUGGGAUGCUGAGGUCGGGGACCGAGAAUCUAGUGGGACAAAUGGAUGACUUCUUUGAUGAGAUCGUGGAAGGAAGAAGGAAACUGUUGCAUCUGUGCAGUCACAGGUGAAACUGUAGAAGGUUCUCAUCUUCUCCUGUUCUUCGGGUAGCUGUUGUCUUCUCUACAUGUUGAAGCAAUGGAGGAAGAGAAGACCACAGUAGGAGGUCAAGAAGCCAAAUGACUGCCGUAGAAAGGAGGUAUUUGUUUCUGUGAAACAAAGACAAAGCUGAGGUCUAUUAGCUGUCCAAGUGUAGGCAUGUUGUGGGGUUGCAGGAAAAGGCAACAGAAGAAAGGGACCUUUUUCUUCUUCUCUUUGCUUUGUGCCUGUUGUUGUUCCCUUGUUUUCCUGUGUGGAACUGUCUUCCUGCUUGCCAGGGAAAGGGUUGGGUUGUAGAUUCCUCAUCUGUAGUACAGAUUUAAAGUUGAA